AUGAGGGUGAGAUGGUCGGUGUCGAUAUCUGAUAACCAAUUUUGGUUUAUGCCUGGUCGUUCUACUACAGAAGCUAUCCAUCUUAUAAGGAGGUUGGUUGAACUAUACAGGGAUGGGAAGAAAGAUUUGCACAUGGUGUUUAUUGACCUAGAAAAAGCAUAUGACAAGGUCCUUAGGGAAGUUCUUUGGAGAUGCCUGGAGGUGAAAGGUGUUCUGGUUUCUUAUAUUAGGGUGAUUAAGGACAUGUAUGAUGUAGCUAAGACUCAGGUUAGGACAGUGGGGGCGACUUUCCGGUUGUAUGGGUUUAUACCAAGGAUCGGCGUUAGCGCGUUCUUAUUUACCCUAGUGACGGACGUAUUGACACACCAUAUCCAAGGGGAGGUGCCAUGGUGUAUGUUAUUCACCGAUAAUAUUGUUCUGAUCGAUGAGACACAAGAUGAUGUUAACGAGAGGUUGGAGGUUUGGAGGCAGAACCUUGAGUGUAAAGGUUUCAAGUUGAGCAGGACUAAGACAGAAUGA